GUCUCGCCUGCUGUGGGACGCGUCCCCGGGCUACCGCUGGCCGCGGAGUUCUAACAAAUCGGGUGGAAGUGCGCAUGCGCCAACUGGUCUAAAGGCUGUAACGGGAUUAGGUAACCGGAGAAAGGAUUUAAGGCUGAGAAGCCAUGCCCCUUUUUGGAAACACAUUCAGUCCGAAGAAGACUCCACCGAGAAAAUCUGCUUCACUUUCCAAUCUGCACUCGCUGGACCGAUCUACCCGUGAGAUUGAGCUGGGACUAGAAUAUGGCACUCCUGUCAUGAGUCUUACUGGACAGAAUCUGAAGUUUGAGAAUGGCCUGUGGAUAGCAGAAUCAUUAGGGAGCACUGGGGACCAGCGGGAGACACAGCGCCUUCGCAGAAGGAACCAACAGCUGGAAGAGGAGAAUAAUCUACUACGGCUGAAAGUGGACCUUUUGUUGGAUAUGCUUUCUGAAACAACUGCAGAGUCCCACCUCAUGGAGAAGGAACUGGAAGAAUUGAAAAAUUACAGUCGAAGGAGAAAGUGAACAGCAGGAUAGAAGAUGGGGAAGGAAAGAGCAAGAGAAUCUGGCCAAAAGGAACUACUCCAAGAAACAGUGAGGCCACAUUUGCCUUGGAAGGCCUGGCUGUCCUUGUCCUCAGAGGAUAUAUAGCCAAGAUCCCAAGAGAAAUAUAUUAAGAAGUUCUCCAGUCUUGUCAGGAGGCAGUUGUUCCUUUUCUUCCUUCUGAAGCUUCUAUCUAAAUAUAAUUGAAUAUAUCUUUGCAGCACACUUUUACUCAGGUCAAUUGCUAGUGAACUACUUAAUAAUAAUGAAUGUGUCUCUCUCUCUAACCAAAGCCAAUACAACAAAUACUUCUGAAGUGUGGAUAUUGAAUAAAAGAGGAGAGCACAGUCACAGCUUAUAUCUCUAUGAUCUUAUUGGCUACGUUUAGAUGAUCACGUUCUGGUUCAUUAAAUUAGAAUAUGCAGACAUAAGACACAUAUGCCUACAAUUCUAGUGUAGCCAAAUUCCCUACUGUUUGUGCAAGGAACAACAUACCGUAGGUCAGAUAAUUGGAUAUAAUCACAGCUUUUCUUAUCUAAACCACAGUUAAAAGCUUCCAAACAAGCCAGAACCAGAAGUCAACUGUAAACCACAGUUCAAAGUAGGAUAGGAAUUGUGCAGCCUUCCAGACAUUGAACUAUAGAUCCCAGCACUUUCAUGAUUGGUUAUGCUGGCCACUUUUGAUGGGAUCUACGGUCCAACAGUAUCUGGAAGGGCCACACAAUUCCCAAUCCUGGUUCAAAGUAUAGACAUGACACAAAAUAAAGUCCAUAUUCUGGGCUUGUGAUAACUUAGUUUACUAGGCCACUACUGAUGGUUUACCAUGAUGUCUGUAUAAGACCAUUGUCAUAACAUAUAUUUCAGACUGACUUCUCAAUGAAUUCUCUUGAGUGUCUCAAGGGCCUAGCUGUGAACUUGAGUAGUGAGGUUGAACUUGAUAGACUUCUAGUUUUGUAGGACCGGUUAGCUAAAUUGUUUGUACCUGAGAUGAGCAUAAAUAACAUAAAAUAUCUUGAUACCUAUUUUAAAAGUUACAUACCAUAGUCAGUUUAUAAUCUGACUAUAGUAUAACUGAAUUUCAGUUGUGUUUAUUGCAAAAUUGACUGAAGUACAGGAUUACAACACAGAGCAGAAAUGUGAGAUGUCUGCUCAAUUUGGUCUGAUUUCUUUCCUGUUCUCUCGUGUUCCAGUGCUGUUUAUAAGUAAGAAUAGAUUAUUCCUAUUUAUAGUUGGCCUUAUUAUAAUACCGAUUCAGUCAUUUUCCUGUGUUGUAGUUUGUUUUUUUGGUCUUGGCAAAAAAACAAAAACAAAAAACAACUCCUUUUGGGUAUUUAUAUAUGUUUUUAUAUUCUCUUCAAUUCAUAUGACUAUGAUGUAGAAUGUUGGAAUUAAAUUGCUUUGUCUAUUUUUAUAUUUUUGAAAUAAAAUUAUUACAUUGUU